AAUUAACCACCAUCAUUAUUACUAAAAAUAAAGAACAGGUCAACCUACGAUAAAACAAAAAAGGAAAACGACAGCUAUAAUCACUCAAACACACAGCUCAACAUCACAAACAGUAUAACUAACAAACAAACAAACAAAAACAACACACAAAGAACCGCAUCGCCUCCAUUUCUUUCUCAUAAUUUUCAACAACAAAACAUUCAAUGGCCGCUGAACCCCACCGACGUGUUGUCGCCGGUGACGUUGAUGGGACAAACAAUGAUGAAACUUUGGCGAUGUCAAAUGAUGAACAACAAGAAGAACCUUCUAUUGAAAAAGGGUUUGAAGGAAAAUCAGUACCUACAUGGCAGAAACAGAUUACUGUUAGGGCUAUAUUAGUGAGUUUGUUGUUAUCAGUGCUUUUCUCGUUCAUCGUGAUGAAGCUUAAUCUUACAACUGGUAUUAUUCCUUCUUUGAAUGUUUCGGCUGGGUUGUUAGGGUUCUUCUUUGUCAAGACUUGGACUAAAUUGCUUUCUAAAUCGGGUUUUCUUAUUCAACCUUUUACAAGACAGGAGAAUACUGUUAUUCAGACUUGUGUUGUUGCUGCAAGUGGAAUUGCAUUUAGCGGUGGCUUUGGUAGUUACUUGUUUGCAAUGAGUCCAACUGUUGCAAAACAAAUUCCAGAUGAAGCCGGUGCCAUGGAUGUUAAGAGUCCUGGUGUAGGAUGGAUGAUUGCAUUUCUAUUUGUUGUUAGCUUUCUUGGUCUCUUUUCCGUGGUUCCACUCCGAAAGAUUAUGGUUAUAGACUUCAGAUUGACAUAUCCAAGUGGUACUGCAACAGCUCAUCUUAUCAACAGUUUCCAUACAACAGAAGGCGCCAAACUAGCAAAGAAGCAAGUACGAGCACUGGGAAAGUUCUUCUCCUUUAGUUUCUUAUGGGGUAUCUUCCAAUGGUUUUUCACUGCUGGUGAUGCUUGUGGAUUUGCAAGCUUCCCCACAUUUGGUCUAGAAGCCUAUCAAAGGAUGUUCUACUUUGAUUUUUCGGCUACCUACGUGGGGGUUGGGAUGAUAUGUCCAUAUAUAAUCAAUAUAUCCCUGCUGGUUGGUGGAAUUCUUUCAUGGGGUGUCAUGUGGCCUCUCAUUGAUGCGAAAAAAGGAGAUUGGUACUCUGCUGAUCUCAAACAAAGCAGCUUACAUGGUCUUCAAGGCUACAAAGUUUUCAUAGCCAUAGCAAUGAUUCUUGGAGAUGGUCUAUACAACUUUGUGAAAAUUCUUGGCCGCACUCUUUGGGGUUUGUAUAAUCAAUUUGCCACAAACGAAAGUGUGGCACCAUCCAAUGGUCCAAAUGGUGCUCUUACACUUUCAUACGAUGACAAGCGCAGAACCGAGUUUUUCCUCAAAGAUCAAAUCCCCUCUUGGUUUGCUAUUGCAGGCUAUGUCAUAAUUGCAAUAAUCUCAACCAUCGCUCUCCCCCAUAUUUUCCACCAACUAAAGUGGUAUCACAUAAUUUGCAUUUACUUGAUUGCACCGGUACUAGCCUUUUGCAAUGCCUAUGGCUGUGGACUAACAGAUUGGUCCCUUGCAUCGACCUACGGAAAAUUAGCAAUCUUCACUAUCGGUGCUUGGGCAGGCGCAUCUAACGGUGGUGUCCUAGCUGGUUUAGCAGCAUGUGGUGUCAUGAUGAACAUUGUUUCAACCGCUUCAGAUCUUAUGCAGGACUUCAAAACAGGUUACAUGACUUUGGCUUCACCGAAAUCCAUGUUUGUGAGCCAAGUUAUUGGAACUAUUAUGGGAUGUGUUAUAUCACCGUGUGUUUUCUGGCUAUUCUACCAUGCUUUCGGUACUCUUGGUGAACCCGGUUCAGCAUACCCUGCACCUUAUGCGCUUGUUUAUCGAAACAUGGCUAUACUAGGUGUGGACGGUGUCUCCGCUCUUCCUAAAAACUGUCUCGUACUUUGCUAUGUGUUUUUCGCUGCAGCUAUAAUUAUUAAUUUUAUUCGUGAUGUGGUCGGAGACAAAUAUUCCCAGUUCAUUCCUGUUCCUAUGGCUAUGGCUAUACCUUUCUACAUUGGAAGCUAUUUUGCUAUUGAUAUGUGUGUUGGAAGCUUGAUAUUGUUUGUGUGGCAGAAGCUUGAUAGGGCUAAAGCUGAUGCAUUCGGACCGGCUGUUGCUUCUGGUUUGAUUUGUGGAGAUGGAAUUUGGUCACUUCCAAGCUCAUUUCUUGCUCUUGGUGGAGUGCAGCCACCUAUUUGCAUGAAAUUCUUGUCUAGAUCAUCAAAUGCAAAGGUUGAUGCAUUCUUAGGAUCUUGAAUUUCAAUUAUUGAUUGAUGUUGUUGAUUUUUAUAUUGUUGAUGAAAAUUAUGUGAAAGGUAUGGAGGCGAUGUGGUGUUGCUGAUUUUUAUUCUCAAAAUGAACACUUCAUUUUGUUGAAAUAUUUUGUACAGCAGCAGUUAUUUGAUAAUCACAUUUGAACUUAAUGGAUAUAAUCACUUUUCUUGAUGUUCUUAUGUUGUCUCUUUAUACACUAUUGGUUCUUUAUCUUUUUUUAUUACAAAUUAUUAUUCUACCUCU